UGGGAGCGCCCGCGUAUAAGUGGCCGGGGCGUGUCGCAAGCUCCCGCACUGGCAGCCAAGCCCUCUCCCGAAGUCCGCCGACGUCGAAAAUGUUCCUCCGGACGCUCUGGGUCGCAGCCGCCGCCGCCGUCGUCGUCGUCGACUCCGGACUGCCGCUGCCGCCGUACAUCAAAGCCUGCGGCCGACAUGACCCGAACUUGAACGAGUGCGCCAGGAGGAACGGGAACGCCGCUCUGCCGACUUUGGUGAAAGGCGACCCGAAGUACAGGCUGCCUGUACUGGACCCUCUGCUCGUGGAGCGCUUCAUGGUGGACCAGGGCUCCGGACCAGUCAGCAUCAAGCUGGAGGGCACGGACAUGCUGCUGUACGGCCUCAAGGACACCAGCAUCGAGGCGCUCAACAUUGACCUGGACGGGAAUAAGAUGUCCGCUCAGGUCACCAUCCCGCACAUAUUCAUCAGGUCCAAAUACCGCCUCGUGGGACAGGUCCUGGUGCUACCCAUCAGAGGGAACGGCUACUUCAACAUGACGAUAGACGGCUUCUCGUGCACGACCAACCACAUCCUACAGAGGGUCGAGGAGAAGGGACAAGUGUACCUGAGGUUCCUGCCGCCGAAAAUCAAGUACGACGUGAAGAAGGCCACCAUGUACUUCGAGAACCUGUUCAACGGAGACAAGCGAUUAGGCGACACCAUGAACUCGUUCCUGAACCAGAACUGGCGCGAGCUGUACAAGGAGAUCGGCCCCGCCGUGGGCGAGGUGAUCCGCACCGUGUUGCAGACCAUCCUGUCGGCGGCCAUGGAGGGCGUGGCGCUGGACGACCUCUUGCCCGAGGGGGCCUGAGCCCGGGGGCAGCUCUGCCCCCAACGCCGCCGAGGGGGCACCGCGCGCCUGCAUGCUCCCGUGCUUCCAGCAAACCACGUCAUUCGCUUGUGCAUAGAGACCUGCAAAAAAAAUUCGCGGAUUCAUUUCGUGAUAUGCUACAAUUCAAAUGAUUAUUCCUCAAUGCUGCUUAUACCUCUGGUUCACUGUUAAUCUGGAGCAAUGAGGGCCAAUCAGAGACCAUCACUCAUAGAAGUGUCUAAUCACUAGAGACCUGUAAAAUUCGCGGAUUCAUUUCGCGAUAGGAUAGAGUCCAAAUACUUUUGACAAUAUUUUUUUUUGUUUCAGUGAUUGGGCCACAGUUUAUCUGAAGGACUCUGGGCCAAUGAAAAAUCUUUAACAGAAGAAUUAGCGAAUCACGAUCAGUCCAGUCAACAGGUGUUACGAGUCGGUAACCAAUCAGCAGUUGUAAUUUGCACGAGUGCAUAGAGCAUCAUGGAGUCUAUCCUUUAGGUAUUUGAAAUUGCGAAUUCUACAGGUCUCUACUAAUCACAGACACACAGUCAAGACGACUCACAAGUCAGCAGCCAAUGAACAGGUGGCAUUUGCCCGAGUGUGUAGAGUGUAGUGGAGUCUAUCCUGGAGGUCAUUGAACCCGGGAAUUCUUACGAUCUCACUUAUACACACACAAACACCUAUACACAUGUAUACAUAAAUACACACAGUAAACAUGAGUAUACAAAUUUAAACACAUAUGAACAUACAUGUGCAUACACACAUAUGUAAACAUGAUAAUUCUGAUUAAAACCAGGUGUGUAGUUUUUUUUUUGUAAAAUUGCAAUGAUAUUGAAAAUCAUACAAUUUAAGUUAGCGGUAGGCACAGUGAAAAGGUGUUUAGUUAAUAUUUUAUUAUAAAAUUUAUGUGACAAAUUUUAUUUUAAAGCAAAUUUUUUUAAUGGUGUUGUUUAUAUUUAACCUAGCCAUGAUAACCCAUUUUUGGCGAUAAAAAUCAAGAAAUUAAUGACAUAAUUUUAAGAAGAAUAUUUGUAUGGAAGUUUUCAAAAAAUUGAAAUUGAAUUAUAGAUGUGAAGAAAUGGUCCAAGAAGAAAGAUACGAUUUUGCACAAUACCACAAUUUAUGUAUUUAUGACAAUACAAUCCAUUAGAGCUAGAUUUUUUAAAGACGUCAGUUGGUUUUCUCCGUGUGCUCCUGAUUGUAUCUGGUUUGUGUUCUAUGGGUGGGAAAAUGACAAAGCUACACUCCAAAAGGAAAAGAAAAAUCAAGAUAGAACUACACGUGGCUAUUGCGCGAGUUGGACAUGAAACUUCACACUUCAAUCAUCAAAUUGAAUGAUAAAACCAAAUACUCAGUAAUUCAAUUGAACGAUAAAACUAAACAAUGAAGUACAAAACGGGAGUUCAGACUAGAGGUUCACGAUGGUGACAAACCUGUUGACGCAAUGUCUGCAAAAAGUCUUACAGUUGUUUGACUUUCCACUUCAUUCCUAAUUUCCCUCUCACAUAUAGGCUGCCCUCGAAACCAUGGUAGAGCAAUUUUCCAUUCAUAAAAAGGGAAAAGUCAAAUGGAAAUAAAUAGCCUAUCCUAUUUUUAUGCUACGUUUUCCAUAAAACGUUUAAAGAAGGGCUGAAGAGGGCAAAUUCUUCGGUGCGAUCAAAAUCCUUAAUGGACCUUAAACUACUGUGUGUCACUUUCAUGCGUGUAGCUUUGCACCCGUUCUAAAGGACUUAUUUCCAACAAUUAAUACAAAUAAUCGUUUCUCAUGACUUGGGACUGGAAAAAUUCGCGAUUUCAAUGACCUCAAGAUUCUCUGUGUACUCGAGUUAAUAUUACCCGCUCAUUGGCUACUUUCUUGUGACACCUGUCAGCUGGAAUGCUUGUGAUUCGAUACCUUAUUUAUGAUAAUUUUUCACUGACUUAGAGUACUUCAAGUAAAUUGUGUUCAAAUCACUGCAGUACAACAGAUGAGAACGAGUUCGGAGUUUAGCCUAUCGCGAAAUGGACCCGCGAAUUUCUCUGGUCCCUACUCAUGGUUCUUAUGUUGAUGUACUGCUGUAUUUGUGGAUGGAAACCAAAUUUCCAGACAUUUGUCAUAUUGGUGACACUUUAAUCUGAUGCCUAAAAAAAGCAUCAGAAAAAAACCCUUUGUUUUAAGCUUAAACAACAUACUUGUAGACCCUACUAAAUCAGCCAAUCCAAAGCUUCUUGAGUGCUGUUAUGAAAUCAUAUUUUGGCCGACACGUUAUAGACUCAUUGGCUGUCUCUAUGUCAGAAGCACUGCCGUUUGAGGCGGCCAACAUCGCAUGACUAUGAGUGGCUUGCUAUCAUUGUAAUUUCAUGUAUCCCAUAGACCUUUUGAAAUGUUGUUCAGCAUUGACUUGCUAAAUGCUUGAAAGAUUUAACAAAUAAAUAUCAUUGUUGUUUCAAAUUAAAA